UGUGAGGGAACUGCAGACCGCUGGACUACUCGACUCACUAUUGACCGUCACUCAACUCUUUUUUACGCCAGAGGAUUUAUAGGCUACAUGUAAUUUUUGCGUCCUGUGUGUUAAUAUUUGAAUUAGCUUUUGGGGAUGACAAGUAAAAUGAGGUUUGUUCGGUCUCUGGUGAAGGCGGCUGCGCUGGCCAACGUGCCCAAACACGUCGAUCAUUUCUCCAAGUUCUCCCCCUCUCCUCUUUCAAUGAAGCAGUUCCUGGAUUUCGGUUCAACCAAUGCCUGUGAACGCACAUCGUUUGUUUUCCUUCGCCAGGAGCUUCCUGUCCGUUUGUCCAACAUCAUGAAGGAGAUCAAUGUGCUGCCGGACCGGCUGCUGGCUACGCCCUCCGUCCAGUUGCUCCAGAGCUGGUACAUCCAGAGCCUGAUGGAGAUCCUGGAGUUUCUGGAUAAGAACCCUGAUGACAACAGAGUCCUUGAGAUGUUUGUGGAGGUGUUGGAGGCCAUUAGGAACCGGCACAACGAUGUGGUCCCCACCAUGGCUCAGGGAAUCAUUGAGUACAAAGACACUUUUGGCCAGCAGGACGCUGUUACUGACCACAACAUCCAGUACUUCCUGGAUCGCUUCUACACCAGCCGCAUCUCCAUCCGCAUGCUCAUCAACCAGCACACUCUUGUCUUCAACGGUAACACAAACCCCGCCCACCCCAACACCAUUGGCUGUAUCGACUCCAUGUGUGAUGUGACAGAGGUUGUGCGAGAUGCCUAUGAGAGUGCUCAGUUGCUGAGUGAGCAGUAUUACCUCGGAGCACCAGAGCUGGAGCUGAGGCAGAUGAAUGCCAGCAACAACAAAGAGCCCAUCCACAUUUCAUACAUCCCAUCUCAUCUGUACCACAUACUUUUUGAACUCUUCAAGAACGCCAUGAGAGCAACCAUUGAGAACCAUGAGGCCAGCAGGACCCUCCCACCAAUCAAGGUCAUGGUCGCUCUUGGUGGAGAGGACCUGUCAAUCAAGAUGAGUGACAGAGGAGGUGGCGUUCCCUUCAGGAAGACCGAGCGUCUGUUCAGCUACAUGUACUCCACAGCUCCCAGACCCUCCAUAGGAGACAAACACAGAGCCCCACUGGCAGGGUUUGGCUAUGGUCUGCCCAUCUCUCGUCUCUACGUUCGCUACUUUCAGGGAGAGUUACAGCUCCACUCUAUUGAGGGUUAUGGCACUGACGCAGUCAUACACCUGAAGGCAUUGUCUACUGACUCAGUGGAAAGGCUCCCAAUUUUUAACAAGACUGCUCUGCGUCACUACAAGCUGAGUUUGGAGGCAGACGAUUGGUGUGUUCCCUCCAAGGACCCGCUGGACCUUGCCGUGUACCGCACUGCCAAGUAAUUCAUUCAUGACCUGGCAUGACUUUGGACACAACCCUUACAAGUUGACCAUAAAUGUCCUUCAGAGGCAGGGCACUGUAGGACCUGAACUAUUAGCCUGGGAGAUGAAGUGACCAAAGGUGGCCAAGGAGACCUGCAAUUGCAGAGCGUCAGCGUCCUGAUUGUCUGGGAACUUUCUUGAUUGGAGCGAGCGUCUUCUUCCUGUAUCUACCUCUGCCUUCUUUACAUUUGUGCAAUAGACAGAGAUGAUGGUGGAUAAUCAAAGAUGCAGUCAUAGAAAUCCAAAAAUGAGAGAGAGAUGGAAUUGAUAGUAGGGCGGGAAAAGUUGAGGAACAUCUCUAAUUGUGGACAUUAUCUGUAUCUGUAAUAUUGGGAUUGUGAUGUACAAACACAUUUCACCCAAAUGUCAGGUCUUUAGGUUUGGAUAUGUCUCCAGAAUGUUUUCCUCAGAGACAAAAGUACCUGUGCGUGUUGACUGAGAAGUGUGUGUUUAUCUUUUUGCCACAAGAAAUCAAACAUUUCCUCUUUCUUUGUGUGCCUACUGUUAGUGGAAAUACUAUGAAAACGUGUGUUGUUUGUACAAAUUGACAAUAGGUAAAACCUCUCUUGAAAUUCCUGUUUUGUGAACAGGUGUUCAGCUGCUUAGUUACUGAUAGUAGGAUUCAAGAUAAUUUGGUUAGAGUUAAACAUGAACUGUAACAUUGUCAAAGGGUUAUGUAGACUUCAGUCUUCUGUUGACAUUAAUAUUUAUCUAUCACUCAGCUUUGGUAAAAGUGUGGAAUGUGCAAUCAGAUUGUUGUUGAAGACCAGUAAGGGGUCCAAACUGCAAUGAGUAUUUGACUGUGUAUGGAAAUAAUAACUGUUAUACUGUAUAGUGUGAUUCACUGUGUGGAUUCACAGAUAUAUGUAACCCAGACAUUGUGUUAUUGUGUCAUUUGAAGUGUUAUCUAUUUUAUAUUUGAAGUGAAUUGUUCUUAUUGUAGGACUUAUAUUUUUUAUAAAGAUAAAUUUCCUGAAAUUAA